AUGGCCUCCCUUCGCACCAGGAUUGCGAUCUGGCUUUGGGGACCAGAACCCAAGGAUCGUGAGCUGUUGGCGAAACUCGAUGUGACUCUUCUUCCCUAUUUUUCCUUGAUCUGGUUCCUUUUCGGUGUGACUCGCGCCAGUUAUUCCUCGGCCUAUAUCAGUGGCAUGAAAGAGGCUCUCAAUUUCCAAGGGAAAGAAUACAACUAUAUGAGUACCGCGUACUUGGUCGUUUAUGCAGUGUGCCAGAUGCCGGGAACUAGUCUUUUGACUAUCGUGCGACCUAAAUAUGUCUUCGUUACUGCCAAUGUGACAUGGAGUGUGUUGACCCUCAUCACGUACAAGAUGACUCGCGCGUGGCAGGUCAUUCUAUUGAAUGCGAUCGAGGGAGGGUUCUCGGCUAUUGCAUAUGUCGGGGCCCAGUUUAUUCUAGGCUCAUGGUAUAAAAAGUCCGAGCUCGGUAUUCGGGCAGCGGUGUUCUGUGUGUUUGGGCACAUUGGUAGCAUGGCUGGUGGCUGGAUCCAGGCAGGACUGCUGCAGGCGCUGGCAGGCAAGGGUGGUUUGCCCGCUUGGAAAUGGAUUUUCAUUAUCGUCUCGGUAAUCACUGUCCCAGUGGCACUGUUCGGCUGGGUUUUCAUCCCUGAUCUGCCAGCACACCGUGCUGCUUGGUACCUCAAUGAUGAGCAAAAGGAGCAUGCUGUUACUCGGCUAGGUUCUCCACGCAAGGAGUCGUGGGAUAUGACUGUAUUCAGACGUGUGCUUUUGAGCUGGCAGUUCUGGCUAUUGCCAUUCAUUUUCAUGCUCUAUUCUCUCUCUGUUCAAAUGCUACAGAACAAUGUCAUGGCCUAUUGGAUGGCCGGACAAGGCUACUCAACUAUCCAGCAGAACAACUAUCCCACAGGCAUCUACGCAACCGCCAUCGUCGGCACCGUCCUGUACGCAAUCAUAUCCGACAAGCUCAAAUCACGCUGGGAAGUGUCCAUCGCCAUCGGCCUGACCUUCGUCAUCGGAUCCGCCAUUCUGGUAUCAAAUCCGCCCACGGAUGCUGGCUACUUUGUAGCAUUCUAUCUGCUAGGAACCACUUUCGCACCCCAGGCAGUCUGGUAUUCGUGGCUAGCCGACGUGACAAGCCAUGAUUUCCAGCUUCGUGCUAUUUCAACUGGAUUCAUGAACUCGUUCGACUUUGCAUUUGUGACAUGGUGGCCAUUGAUAUUCUAUCCCGCGACUGAUGCGCCGGAUUUCCAUAAGGGAUAUAUCGCCAGUCUGAUAACGGGGGCUUUGACCCUACCGCUCAUCGGGGUAAUUGCUUAUUUGGAGAAAAGAGACACGGCUCGCGGUGUUAUUGGGAGGGUUGCGGUGGAUGACUCUGUUGAUGAUGAUGGCGGUUCGAGGGAUGACAACCCGAGCAAGCUGCUAAAUCCGCCAGUCAACGUGCGGGCUAGAGAGGUUGAUGUUUAA